CCACAUUUGACGUCAAAAUCAAUGGCGCCAUUUUUGUUGUCCGCCAUUCGAACUAGUGUUCUCAGAUCAUAACCUUUCUAGAAUUAUUUAAAUAUAUAUUGCCAUUUAAUUCGCAUCUAUGAUAAUGGAUAACAAAGAAGCGGUUCUUCAAGCAUUACAUGAUUUCGAGAACAUGACAGAUGCGGACAAAGUCCUUACACAGGAAUUAGAACAGCUUCUUACAAAUAUUGCACAAACUGGAAGAAUACUUUACCCAUGGAAUAAUCUCAAACCAGUAUUCAUGUACAAGAUGGAUAGGGUGAUGAGGGAUUUCUUUGAAAGCAGUCCAUCCAGGAACAGUACAUCAUCAGAGCCAACUCAUGUUGCAGACUUUGAGGUUAUGAGGCAGCGACUGCUGGACUGUCUAGACUCAUUCACAAGUCCUCCUUUUACUAUCCAAAGAUUAUGUGAGUUGAUGGUUGAGCCAAAAAGACACUACAAAAACAGUGAAAAGUUUAUGAGAGGAAUAGAAAAGAAUGUCCUAGUUGUCAGCAGUUUAGCAGAUGAAAAUGAAGAACCUUUAGUGAACAACAUUGACACUGCGCACACCUCAAGCAUACCAAAUGGCCCUGUUACCAAUGGGAUUAUGUCAACAGCACAGCCUACAGAGAUGGAAUCUGUAAAUGACUCAGACUCGAACGACAGAGUAUCACAUGUUCAUGAUACUCCAUACCCAACUCAAGUAGAGACCCUAAAUGGGAAUGCACAAACAAAUGGCAAAGAUCACACAGACGAUGAGUGUGAAAGUGAGCAGAGAGAUGGAGCAGACAAUCAAUCAAGUAGGGAAAGUGAGCAGAGUGAAAAGGCAGAUGUAUCUACAGCCGAUGAUCAGAGUCCAUCUAGGGUCAAUGAAAGUAGUCAAGACUGUGAAACUGACACAAAAGCAUCACUAAAGUCAGCACAAAACGAGAAGGAUCACUCAGUGGAUAAGAAUGAGACAACAAAAAAAACACAAGAAGAGCAAAGUCCAGAGGAAGAAAGAGAACAUUCGACAUCUGCACAGAAGAACAACCAAGAUGAGCCAAUGGAUGAAAACUAAAGAUUAAUUUAAUUUAAAGUUAUCAGCUAGGGACAAAACCCAAAUACUGGCCUAGAGUAGACCUAAAUGCUUUGCUGUCUUUCGAGAUUUUAAUUCAGCAAAAGUAUAACGUCGAAAUAGAAAACCCAAAACAGAAAAUUGAUGAUGAAACAAGCUCCACGUAAUAGUCAGUUUGGGUAGUUUUAUUUUCUUCUUGUGAAUAGAAUACUUUUAAAAUUUUAUUCUAAAAAUUUGUCAUAUCUGUAAUGUAAUUUAUUGGCGUAAACCUUUUGUGUUCGUUUCUGUAGUUCGUAAUUGUAUUGUAAUUUUCUUUUUAGAUUGCUAAUGUCGAAUAAAGAUAUGCUAUCUUA